AUGCCGAUCGGAGCACCAGUCGCCAUUGAGCCCCGCGGCUCGGUCGGCGGAUCGCGCGGAGAUUCCCAUGCGCACGUUCAUGUCCACGUGCCACGCGCUGAUUCGCGGCUGCUGAGCCACGUGGCCUUCGAGGCGACAGAUGAGCUGGACCUGGCCCUUCAAUCUCUCCACGCGCGUCUCAAGCCGCUUCUCGCGUCGGACAGCGAAGGCGACGUGCACAGCCAGUUGCAGGAAAUGGUAUCGGAAGGCGCGCAACAACAUGCCGACGUGGUCAACGGUCUCCUCUACGCCAUCCUCAUCGCGUCGCACAAAGCCGGUCCGCCGCCCUCGCCGACGUCGCACGCGGCUCCGGCAGCGGCGGUGCGACUGUUCGGAAUCCUGUGCUCCGUGACGCGCGAUCAUCACGCGUCGCUUCUAGCGACGCUUCAGCGAUUAGCGAGCGACAAGUGGAGCAAGCUCCAGGACCACGUGCGCGCGCAGGUCAUUUGGAUCCUCCGGCAGUUGGUUCAGCUAGCCGUUCAGGAAGCAGAAACGCUCUUUCUCUGCCUCUUCCGUCAGGUCUCCGGCGGCGAUCUCAGCGUGGGAAAUGUGUGGUUAGCUCGGCAAUUACUCGACGUCCUCCGUACCAACGCGCAGUGGCUUUACACUCUCCCGAAUCUUCUCGCCCUCUCGUUAUACACGUUCCUUAGGCUUCUACCAGACCAUGCGGUUAGUAAGGCGCCAACCGUAGUAGAGCUGAAGCAGCAGGAGGUCGCGUUUUGCACGCAGCUGAUUAGGGAGCGGUUUCAGGACUGCCUGCUGUACGUCGUGCGGACGCCGACGCGUUUCAUCACGUCGCGAGUUACGCCCGAAAUGGAGUCGCAGCUUCGCUUUCUCCUCGCACACGUGCGCAUGGGCCACCAGCGGCGCUACCAGACGUGGUUUGCCACCCGGUUUCUCGCCGCCCCGGAGAGCGAGUCCCUCGUGGCGGAUUUGAUUCGUUUCGUCUGCUGCUCGGUGCAUCCGACCAAUCAGGUGCUGCAAUCCGACGUGGUGCCACGCUGGGCGAUUGUCGGUUGGCUGCUCAAAUGCUGCAGAAGCUGCCACAUGGAGGCAAAUGCCAAGCUGGCGCUCUUCUACGAUUGGCUCUUCUUCAUGCCCAAGACAGACAACAUCAUGAACAUCGAACCCGCGAUGCUGUGCAUGGUCCAUUCCCUUCCCAAAUACGCCAUUAUGACCAACUCCCUCCUGGAAUUCCUCUUCCUUCUCCUAGAUAACUACGACGCGGCGCAUAGAGACGUGAUUCUCCGCGGAAUUUCCGCCUCGAUCGACAUUUUGGUCGGCAAGGGAGUCGUGCCUAGUCUCGAGCCGCUAGCCACAAGCGGCUUCAUUCCGACAAAGCUUCGUGAGCGGCUUCAGGCGCUUUUUCCUGCGCAUUGUCGGCUCGACGCGUCUCCCCAUCGGUACUUACCCCCCUCACCCCUGCAUGACCCGCACCAUGCGGAAAGAGCUGCGGCGGCGGGAAUACCUGGGGGAGGGGGAGGGGCAGUGGGGAGAGGGGGCCAAGCGCGGGGGAGCGGGGCUUUGGUGAAGUCCCCAAGCCCUUCCCCCCCGCAUUUGGCAGCGGAGAGGGACGGCAUGGGGAAUAUUGUUGGCAGCGGAGCGGGGAUAAGGGCGGCGGAGGAACAGCGAGGCAAGGAAGGGCAGGUGGCGGAGUUGGGGGAAGUGGGGGAAGUGGGCGCAGGCGUUAGCGGAAGCCAUCCUGUGGGUGGUUCUGCUGCUGCAGCCGUUGCCGGGAAGGGCGCGGUUGACGCAAGUGGGUCCAUCACUGGCGCGAGGGCGGCGGAAGAUGCGGAAAUGGGGGAGGCUAGCGCUGCAGGGGAAGACCAGGCUGGUGGAAAAGGCCCUGGCGGAGCGGGGAAACGUAGCAAGUCUCCGGAGGGCGCAGAGAUGGAACUAGGGGAGCGCGCCGGAGGGGAGAGCGAGGCGGCGGAGGGAGGGAGUGGUAAAAGGGAGCGGAAGAGGAAGAGGGAGGAGAAGGAGGAAGGGGAGGAGGAAGCGGAGGAGGGAGGGGAUGUGGAGGCUGGGGAGGUGGAGGGAGGGGAGGUGGUGGAGGAGGAAGGGAAAAGAGAGCAUAGCGAGGAGAGAGAGGGCAUGGACGAGGAGAUGAGGGCUAUAGAGAGAAUGGUAAAGGGUAUGGAAGAAGCUGCGGAGGCAGGGGACGGGGCGAAGGUCAUUGGCGGAUUCAAGGCGUUCCUGGUGGCUUUAAGAGGCGAGUAUCCAGUCAGUGAAGCUGGCGGGCGGAAGCCGCAGGGGCAAGCUGAGGGGAAGGCGCAAGGGAAUGAGUACGGGGAACUGGAGGGCGGGCAGGAGAUGGAAAAAGAGGGCAAAGGGGGAACGGGGGAACUGCAGGGAGGGCGAGGGAGCGGCGACCUGUGUCGGUUGAACGAGCUGCAGCUGCCGCUACCCUGCCUUCCUGCCACCGUGGGAACUUUGGAAGGUUCUUCUAGGGACGGUGUCACUGGGAACGAUGCUUUUGGGAAUGAGGCUGCUACUGGGAAGGAUGCUUCUGGGAGUGGUGCGUCUGAGGACGGUGCAUCUGGGAACGGUGUAUCUGCUGGUGCAGCUGGUGUGAAGGCGAAGCUUGGAACGCCAUACCCGUUAGAAGGCGCCGCGUUAUCAAACUGGACGUCAACGUUGAUGGUUCUGCAUGAGUAUGUUUUGCAGAAUGAGUGGUGGUGGAGAGAGCGGAGGGCGGGUGGUGGUGGGGAGGAUGGGGAGGAGAACCAGGGGGAGCAGAGAGAAGAGGCGAAUGCGAUGGACGCUACAGGAGGGGAGGAGGGCCAGCGGAGUGGAAAAGGAAAAGAAGAUGGGGAGGGCGAGCAGGACGGUGAGGCGACUGACAAGGACAAGGGUGAAUGCGGUGGGUAUGACUUGAACUUCUUGCUGCCAGUAGAGGAGCUGCUUAUAUCGUGGCAUGACAUGGGCCAGCCAGUUACUGCCUGGUUGCUGUGUGUGGGUGCAGCAGCAGCGGAGAAAGAGCAACUGAGUGCGGCCGAUGCACUUGCAGCAGCAGCCAGGGCAGCUAGUGGUACAGAAGUUGCUACUAAGCCUGCGUCUUCAGUUGAUGCCCGUUCGAAAAGGGAUACUCAGGGGGCUGGGUCCUCGACUGGAGGGGAGGGCAGAGAGGAGAGUGACGAGGGUGGGGAACAAAGAGGGGGGUGUAGGGGGGUGCCAGCAGAAGUGGUUUUUGGUUUCUAUGAGCGCCUGGUUAUGCUGUGCUGGGAGCGAGGUGAGGAAGGGAGCAAUGAGGAAGAGGAUGCGAAGGAUGAGGGGAGAGAUGAGGGGAGGGAUGAAGGGAGAGAUGAGGGAAGAGGUGAGGGAAGCGGUACGGAGAAAGAUGGAGGUGGAGAUGGGGGGGAUGGGCGUAAGGGUGGAUUAGUGGGCAAGGGAAAGAAAGGAGGCGUUGGUGCAGGCAAGCAGGCUUCGUCAGCAGGUGCAGCAGGCAUCUCAGGAGGACCAGGAGCAGCAGAAGGAAGAGGAGCAGCAUCGGAGGAAAAAGCAGAGGAAGAGCAGAAGCGAGAGGAAGAGGAGAAGCGGGAGGACAAAGUGCCACCAAGGAAAAGGUGGUCAUCUAUACAGGAAAAGGAGGAUAAGGAGGCGAGGGAAGCAAGCCAGAAGCAGAAGCGAGAGGAAGAGCAGAAGCGGGAGGAAGCGCAAAAGCGAGAGGCAGAGCAGAAGCAGGAGGAAGAGAAGAAGCGAGAGGGAGAGCAAAAGCGGGAGGAAGAGCAGAAGCGGGAGGAAGAGGAGCAGCUGGAGGAAGAGGAUGAGAUAGAUAAAGAGCUGGAACAGAAGCUGCAGAAGCUGCGGCAAGAGCAGCGAGAGCAGCGAGAGCAGCAGCGACAGCAGGAGGAUCUGUGGAUGCCGUUAAUUGGAGACAGCUGGUCCUGGGACGGGCAGGAGCAGCAGUGGUUAUGGCAGUUGGCAGCUGCUGAGGCUGCUGGUUGGAUUCACACCAAAAAAGGGCUUGCAGGAGAAGAGAGUGAGGUGGUCUCUUCCAUUGCUUCUGCUACGGGCUAG